UGACUGAGUUUGACACCAUCUUUGUAAUUCCAUUCCAAUUCUCGGUCGAUCAAGAACAAGAUGGAAGGAGGUGGAGGAGGAAGUAGAAGCGCCGCCGCAGGAGUUGUCCCGGAGUCAGCUACGGAGGCUGUGAAACAAACACUAUCGCACCUAGAGAAACUGAAACCGCAGCUGGAGAAGAUGAUGACGUCUUUAGCUAAGCCAGAGGUUCUUGCCCAAAUGCAGCCAUUGCAGAGGGCUAAGACUAUGUACUUGCUCGCCGAAGCCGCCACGACGAUCUUCACUCUGAGGCUGAGGUGUACUGGUGUGAACCCCGAUGAUCAUCGUGUGAAAUCUGAAAUUGAGAGGCUAAACGUGUACAGAGAGAAGCUUCAUCUGUGUAUGGAUCGAAGUAAAGAGCCGUUGCGUCCCACUACGGUCUUAAACCGUCAGGCAGCAACCCGUUUCAUCGAACACUCUCUGCCUGAUCAUACAUCUACUCAAAAGCAAAACAUCAGAGACCUGAGUAUAGGAGAGAAAUCAAGUAUGACCUAUUCAGAAACAGCUGCUAAAAAGAGGAAAUGUCAAUCAGAUGAGAGACAGUCUGUUCAGUCAACUGCAAAAGAGUUUCUUGAAAAGGCAGCUCGUGAGCUUAAUAAUGGUGACAAUGAAGAUGGUUUGAAGGGCCCUCUAAUGGCAGCAGCUGAUGGUUCAGAUGAUGCUGAACCCUCUAAUGGCAGCAGCUGAUGGUUCAGAUGAUGCUGAAAUAAACCUCUUGGCCAAGUAAUAAACCUCUUCUUAUUCUCUCAACUCAUCUUUGAUGGUGUGUUUUCUUUUGGGGGAUCUAUUAGUUAGGGAUGAUGUAUGUUGUACAUUGCCAUUAUGGUUAUCAAGAAGCUUUUCGUCUAGUAUA